CCAGCCGGCGCCAUUUUGUGCGGUUGCGGGUGAUCGCGGCUCAGCCGGCGCUCAACGACAGGACACGCUCACCGCUCACACUCUGGACACACGCACACGCGUACACACACUCUCACUCGCCGACCGGACACACUCGCCGGAGCUGCGGUCUGACGUGAGCAGAAUUUAACAUUGAUGUUGACAAUCAAGUCAUGACGGACAUAAAGAAUUUUUUGUACGCUUGGUGCGGAAAACGCAAGGCUACACCAAAUUAUGAAAUCCGUGCAGCUGGUAACAAGAACAGACAAAAGUUUGUGUGUGAGGUCCGUGUAGAUGGAUUUAAUUACACUGGUUUGGGAAAUUCUACCAGCAAGAAGGAUGCCCAGACAAAUGCUGCCAGAGACUUUGUCAAUUACCUGGUUCGAACUGGCGAGAUGAAAGCAGAUGAGGUUCCCAGCUUGAAGGGAAUUGAACCUAAUGCUGUUGAUAACAGUGAAACUGGUGUGCCAGGGGAAUUGCCACCCAGUGUUGCAUGUGCUCCUCAUAUAGUUACAAAGCAGGCUGAUGAUCCUGGAGGCAAGGAAGGAGGAUUCGGAGGUUAUUGGGAACGUGGAGCCAAUCUAAAGGAGUAUUAUGAUAAGCGGGAUGAACAGGAAGCCCAAGCAACUCUGGAGUCUGAAGGGUUGGAUCUGAAUGCUGGUCUUCAUGGCAACUGGACACUUGAAAAUUCUAAAGCUCAGCUCAAUCAAUUCUUCCAAAAAGAGAAGAUUCAAGCUGACUAUAAAUAUGCUCAAGUGGGACCUGAUCACAACAGGAGUUUUAUUGCAGAGAUGUCUCUUCACGUGAGACAGCUGGGCAGAAAAAUCACAGCCCGUGAACAUGGUUCAAACAAGAAGCUGGCCGCACAAUCAUGUGCACUAUCAUUGGUCCGACAGCUCUACCAUCUAGGAGUGUUUGAAGCUUUCACUGGACAUACAAAAAAGAAAGAGACUGAAAAAGUGGAACCAUAUGAGGUGAAUAUUGCAGGGGAUUUGGAACGCCAGCUUGAAUCUGUUAUCAAUGAACUGGGAUUGCAGUUGGCCCCACCACCCGAAGACCCAGAGAGUCCAGUUUCACUGACGAUUGGAAAGCUUGCCCAUUUUGAACCGUCUAUGCGACAGAGCUUUGCAGGAGUUGUACCAUGGUCACCUCCUCAAGUGAACUGGAAUCCUUGGACCAGCAGCAACAUAGAUGAAGGACCUCUUGCAUAUGCAACGCCUGAGCAAAUCAGUCUGGAUUUGAAGGAUGAGCUACAUUUUCAGAUGCAGAAUGAUACCAAUCUGCAAAAUAUAAUGAGUGAAAGAAAGCAACUGCCGGUCAAAAAUUUUGAAGAUGCAAUUCUUGAAGCAGUCAAUUGUAGUUCAGUAAUCAUUAUUCGAGGGCAAACUGGAUGUGGUAAAACUACUCAGGUUCCUCAAUACAUUCUGGAUGAUUAUAUCAAGAAAGGGAAAGGCUCCGAAUGUAACAUUGUAGUCACACAGCCUCGACGUAUUAGUGCUGUGUCAGUUGCAGAGCGUGUUGGUUGUGAACGAGGAGAAGAGCUCGGCAAGAGCUGUGGUUACAGUGUUCGAUUUGAAUCCAUAUUGCCAAGGCCACAUGGCAGCAUAAUGUUCUGUACUGUAGGUGUAUUACUGAGGAAGUUAGAAGCUGGCCUUCGUGGCAUAAGUCAUGUAAUUGUGGAUGAAAUUCAUGAAAGAGAUAUUAAUACUGAUUUUCUUCUUGUGGUUUUACGUGAUGUUGUCCAAACAUACCCUGAUAUCCAUGUUAUUCUCAUGUCUGCCACCAUUGACACGACCAUGUUCAGAGAGUAUUAUUUUAACUGUCCAAUAAUUGAAGUGCAUGGAAGAACAUUCGAAGUUCACGAAUAUUUCUUAGAAGACGGUAUCCAGAUGACUCGUUUUAUUCCUCCUCCGAGGGACAAGAAGAAAAAGGACCGAGAUGAGGAUGGUGGUGGUGAUGAUGAGGAGGUUAACUGCAACAACAUUUGUGGUGAUGAUUAUGGGCCAGAAACCAAACGUGCUCUGUCGCAGAUGAGUGAAAAGGAGACCCCAUUUGAACUAAUUGAAGCGUUACUCAAGUAUAUUGAAUCAUUGAAUGUAGAUGGUGCAGUUCUUAUUUUCUUGCCUGGGUGGAACUUGAUUUUUGCCAUGCAAAGACAUCUGGAAGUUAAUUCACACUUUGGAAGCCACAAAUACAGAAUUCUGCCAUUACAUUCGCAGAUUCCAAGAGAAGAACAGCGCAGGGUGUUUGAUCCUGUACCACCAGGAGUGAGAAAGGUCAUUUUGGCCACAAAUAUUGCAGAAACCAGUAUUACCAUCAAUGAUGUGGUUUAUGUCAUUGAUUCAUGCAAGCAAAAAAUGAAGCUUUUUACAUCUCACAACAAUAUGACCAACUACGCCACAGUGUGGGCUUCCAAAACCAAUUUGGAGCAGCGACGGGGUAGAGCAGGUCGUGUCCGACCUGGCUUCUGCUUCCAUCUCUGCAGCAGGGCACGAUUUGAGAGACUUGAGACUCACAUGACUCCUGAGAUAUUCCGCACACCUCUUCACGAAGUGGCUUUGAGCAUCAAACUUCUUCGUCUGGGAGGAAUUGGACCAUUCUUGGCUAAAGCUAUUGAACCCCCACCUUUGGAUGCAGUUAUUGAGGCAGAACACACUUUGCGAGAACUUGAUGCUUUGGAUACUAAUGAUGAACUGACUCCAUUGGGCCGUAUCUUGGCUCGUCUUCCCAUUGAACCACGUCUAGGCAAAAUGAUGAUUAUGGGCUGCAUCUUCCAUGUUGGCGAUGCUGUGUGCACCAUAUCUGCUGCUACCUGUUUUCCAGAGCCUUUCAUUAAUGAAGGCAAACGCCUUGGUUAUGUGCACAGGAAUUUUUCAGGAACCAGAUAUUCAGAUCAUGUGGCUCUGCUGUCAGUUUUCCAGGCCUGGGACGAUGCAAGAAUGGGAGGAGAAGAUGCAGAAAUACGAUUUUGUGAACAUAAAAGAUUAAACAUGGCUACUUUGAGGAUGACAUGGGAAGCUAAGGUUCAGUUGAAGGACAUCCUCAUCAAUUCAGGCUUCCCUGAAGAUUGUCUGAUGACUCAAGUGUUUAACAAUACUGGACCAGAUAAUAACCUUGAUCUGGUUAUAUCACUUCUUUGCUUUGGACUUUAUCCAAAUGUGUGUUACCACAAGGAAAAACGAAAAAUAUUAACAACAGAGGGUCGUAAUGCACUUAUCCAUAAGUCUUCUGUCAAUUGUCCCUUCAGCAAUCAGGAUACAAAAUAUCCUUCUCCUUUCUUUGUGUUUGGAGAAAAGAUCCGAACCCGUGCUGUAUCUGCAAAGGCGAUGACUUUAGUUAGUCCACUCCAGUUACUCUUUUAUGGUUCAAAGAAGGUGACAGGAAAUGGUGAAAUCAUUUUGAUGGAUGAAUGGAUAAAGUUGAAGAUGUCACACUAUGCUGCAGCUGCAAUUGUUGCUUUGCGUGCAGGAAUGGAAGCACUGGUUGUUGAAGUUGCUAAGGAUCCUGAAUUUGUACGACAACUGGACCCUGCACAUGAACGGCUGCUGAAUGUGAUCCGGCAGAUUUCAAAACCUGGAGCAGCCGGCAUUAAUCUUAUGGCAAACUCAAGAUUUGGUGAUGGUCCUCGUCCUCCCAAGAUGGCACGUUUUGACAGUCAAGGAUAUGGUGGAAGAGGGAGCGGUCGUGGUUCAGGUUAUAGGGGAGGAGGCGGUUAUGGAAGAGGAAAUGGAUAUGGUAGUUCCCGUGGCUCAGGAUAUUUUGGAGGAGGACGAGGUGGUGGGGGAAACUACCAAAGUGGUGGAUAUCGCAGCUACCAAAAUAGUGGUGGUGGAGGAUAUGGUAGCUACCAAAGUAGAGGUGGAGGAUAUGGUGCCUAUCAAGGUGGAAGUGGAAGCUACCAGAGUGGUGGUGAUAAUAAUGAUGGUAUUCGUGGCGGUGCAAGUGGAGGUGGUGGCAACCGAGGUGGUGGAUACAGUGGUAACCAGAGCAGUGAUGGAUACAGUGACACCGGGGGUGGUGGUGGAUACGGUAGUAACCAGACCAGUGGUGGUCGAUUUGGUGGGAACCAGGGUGGCAGUGGAUAUGGGGGGAACCAGGGUGGUGAUAGUUUCACUGAUAACAGGGGUGGUAGUGCAUAUGGUGGGAACCAGGGUGGCAGUGGGAGCCAAGGUGGUGGUGGUGGUGGUAACUGGGGUGGUGAUGGAUAUGGUGAUUACCGAGGUGGUGGAGGAUACAGUGGUAACCGGGGUGGUGGAGGGUAUUGAGGAAGAUAUGAAGACUGAGGUAUCGUUUAGAAAAAUACAGAUGACCAAAAGUUGCAUUUGUGCACAAUUUAUAUGCAUUGAUAGUAACACAGCUUUGUAUUUAAUUGUUUUAAGUAAAACAACAGUGCAUGCACAUUGCAAAUGUAAUCAGUUUCAGUUUGUUUUAAUGCAAAUGUUUUCUACAUGGUCUGCAUUUUAAGGUGCAAUCGUACAGGGAGGGCAUAUACUUAUGACACAUCUAAAUACCAACGUAAAAUUUCCAAGCACAUUAACGUUUAUAUAGUGAAUAGCUAGUUUUGAAUGUCUUCAUAUUUUAAUUGUAUUGCAGAAGAAAUAAAAACUGGAAGGAUUUGUAUUUGCGUAAUGAAGUAAUACAUUAAAAGCAUCAAUGAGAAAUAUCAAAAUGAAAACAAA